AUGUCUUUGAAACGUAGCCGAUUGCCCCCCGCCGACGAGGAACACGAUGAUGAUCCUUUCAAGGAGCCUUGGACGCCAUUUACAGAGGCUAAUGCUUUGAUCAGCGUUUUAGGAACAGAGUUGAUUCGGGUCGUUGUAGGCAAAAACAGUUAUCAGAAGGUCUUUCAUGUGCACAAAAACAUACUUUUCGACAAAAUACCCUGUUUCAAGCAGCUUUCCAAAAACAACCGCAAAAUCGUCGAAUUCCCAAAUCAAGUACCCAGUACUUUCGACGUGCUUGUUGAAUGGGCCCACACAGAUUGCUUGCGAGGCAUUGAGAUGCUUGGUGGAGAUGACCAAGAUUUUGUUCAAUACAGAUCCUGGGAUCCCGUAUGUCUCUACCAACUCGCAGAAGAAUUACUUCUUCCAGGGCUUAUGGACCGAGUCAUGGAGGUUCAGAGAAGGUUCGAUGAUCUACACUGUGCCAGUUACGAUCCUGAUGGUCUUAAAGAAAUCUACGGAAAGACUUCUAAAAACUCGAAAUUCAGACAGUACACUGCAGAAGUGGUUGCACAUGUAGUCCGCAACAAUGCAGAGGAGGAAAUUCCAACGCCCGAUUUGGUGUCUGCCAUGGAGAACAAAGAUCUCGCUAGUGAUUAUUUAAGUAUAAGUCGGAGGGCGACCAUCAAAGAUCCACGCAAAGGCUCAGGCUGUCGAUUUCAUAUGCAUGAGAAAAAUGAGAAGUGCUCGGCAAAAGAUCAUCGAUGGGAAGGAAAGGCCACUAUUCUAUCACUUGAACAAAUAAAAGAGAAGAGACUACCCCCAGCAAAGAGACCAAGGCUCUUCAGAAGCUCUCAAGAGUCUUGA